AUGUUUUCUGAUGAUCCAAUGAACAACACUAAUAAUGGAAAUAUGCUUAUACAACAACAACAGCCAAUGCCUACUUUUCUUGAAGCAUCACCUAAUAUGGGUACACCUUUUUUAGAAUCAUCAACGAUGGAUACUCCCUUUCUUGAUAACAAUUCAGCAGAUACACCUCCUUUCUUUGAUAUUGCUGCAGAUAUCUCACCCUAUUUAAUAUAUGGUUCUUUUAACAUAACACCUUACAAUAAUACUUUCUCUAAUGGAGUCCACAAUAAACAAGAUAUCUGUGUUGCUGGUUAUCUUAAUAAUUAUGAGAACAAUAUCGCCCAACUAGCACAUGAUCCUAUUGCAACAUUCAAUGGUGACCCAAGUGUUCUUUUAAUCGACAAAUCAAAGAAUCCUUUAUCUACUACUUCUUAUCAACCAUCCUCUUCUCCUCUUCCUCUUCCUUCUGUUGCUGUUGUUACUCAAGAUAAGCCUUCUCCUGCUGUUGAUUUAGUAGAAACAACAGUAGCUGAAGAAGAAUCAGAUUCUUUGUUUCCUCCUCUUACUUCUUCUCAACAAGAAUUAGCUACCACAAUCGAGCAUGAGGCAAUUAAAAAAGAAAAUGUGACUUUAGAUGAUAUUUUGGGCUUUGAUCAUACUUCUCCUUUAAGUGAAUCCAUUGAAGAAUUAAGUGAGCAACAAGAACUAGAAGAAUCUGGUUAUAAACAAAAAGAGGAAGAGAUACCAUCCAUGAUAAAAAAGGAAGAAGAAGAAGCAGAAGAAAAAGUAAAAAAGUCUCGUCGAGGUAGAAAGAGAAAAUAUCCUAUUACAGAAAAAAAACAAAAGAAAGAGGACAAUUCAACAAGGAAAAGAAGUAACUUGGUUAAGAAGCCAAAGGAAGUGAAAUUAUAUUAUUGUCAUAUCUGUAAUCAUGUCUCUAAGCGAAGAUAUAACUUAAUGACUCAUAUCAAGACCCAUGAUAAGUCUAGAAUUAAGGAGUUUGGUUGUACUAUUUGUGAAAAAAGAUUUGAUCGUCGUCAUGAUAGAGACCGUCACCUUGCAACUGUUCAUCGUGGUGAAAGGUCUUUUACCUGUAAACAUUGCACCACUCAUUUUAGUCGAAGAGAUGCCUUGAAUCGACAUUUAAUUCAAAGACAUGAAUAUAAUGAAAAUGACUUUGUUGAGUGA